AAAAAAUCUUGUAUCUUGUUGUUUAGCCAAGAUGGCUGUGGCGGCUGUCAGUUUUGCUGCGGAAACAAUUGGCAACCUGUUGAUUGAAGAAACGAAGUUCUUACAAGGGGUGAGUGACCAGGUGGAGCAACUUCAGCUAGAGCUAAAGCGGAUGCAAUCGUUCUUAAAAGAUGCAGAUGCAAGGCAACAUGAGGAGGAAAGGGUCAAGGUGUGGAUUUCACAAGCAAGAGAUCUAGCUUAUGAGGCCGAUGACUUGAUUGAAAGAUAUGCUUUCAAAGUCGCGUCACGAAGGAGGAAAGGCAUUAGAGGCAUCACAAAGAGAUGUGUUGGUAUCCUGAAUGAGUGCUAUGCUAGGCACACCACAAAAACGGGUAUUCAGACUCUGAAAACGAAAAUCUCUGAUCUUACCAAAAGUUUUCAGGAAUAUGGGAUCGCAGCUGUGAUGGAAAGACAGGACGGCGCAAGUAGUUCAUCGCAUCAACAAUUGAGGCGGACAUAUUCCCAUGUUGUCGAGUAUGACUUUGUUGGAUUGGAGGAUGAUGUUGAGAUGCUGGUAAAGCAUCUGUUGAGGGGAAGCGAUCAUGAUCAUGAGAUCGAUCAACACUUUAGAGUUGUCUCCAUCUGUGGGAUGGGUGGCUUGGGAAAGACAACUCUUGCCAGAAAGGUAUACAAUCACCCUGAAAUGAGGCGCUGCUUUGAUGGUCUUGCUUGGGUAUGUGUCUCGCAAAAGUGGCAAAAGGAAGACAUUUUGCAAAGGAUCUUGCUAAGCCUAAUCCCAGAAAAGAGAAAAGAGAUACUGGAGUGGAGGGAUGAGGAGCUAGUCAGGCAACUUUUUCAAAUCCUGCAAAACAAGAAAUGUCUUGUGGUUCUUGAUGACAUUUGGGCCACAGAACCAUGGGAAUGUAUAAAGCAAGCAUUUCCAAUUAGGAACGACGGAAGCAAGAUCUUGGUUACCUCUCGCAAUAAAGAUGUGGCUUUGCAUAUUGAUCCCAGUGGUUUUCACCACCAACCGCGCUUUUUAAGUGAGGACGAAAGUUGGCAGCUGCUUCAGAGGAAAGCUUUACGGGGCAGGUUUCAUGGAGAACAUGAAGAUUUCAAAAAAUUGGAAAAUUUAGGGAAGGAAAUGGUGAAAGCAUGUGGGGGUCUUCCAUUGGCUGUUAUAGUACUCAGCGGAACUCUUGCCACCAAGAAGGACCUGAAUGAGUGGGCGACUGUCAAAAGAAACAUUAAAGCUCAUCUUGGAAGAGGAAACAACUUGAUCAAAGAAGAAGGAAAUCUGCACAAGAUUUUAGCUUUAAGCUAUAAUGACUUACCCUACAAAUUGAAGCCUUGCUUCCUUUACUUGAGUAGAUAUGAAGAAGACUCUGACAUAGACACAGAGACAUUGUACCAGUUAUGGAUUGCGGAGGGUAUAAUAUCAACAAAAGAUCAGACUGGUGAAGAAUCAAUGAUGGAUGUAGCAGAAAGAUGCCUGGGAGAAUUAGUAACACGGUGCAUGGUUCAAGGUAAAGCCCCUGAUGAUGAUGAUGUGAUGCUAUCCUCCGUUGGAAGAUCAUUUGCUUCGUGUCGCCUUCAUGACUUAAUGAGAGACCUAAGUUUGCUCAAGGCCAAAGAAGAGAAUUUCUUGUUAUCCAUGAACUUUUACCAUGAUGGAAUUCUCGAUGAGCAUGGCAACAAUGAUCACUCACGAGUUUACCGUCUAGCCGUCCAUUUUUCCAAGGAGGAUGUAAGGAAAUAUGUCCCUCCAGCUGAGAAGAGAAAUACUAGGCACCUUAGGUCACUCGCGUUGUUGGUCUCAGGUUAUGAAGGGCGUCUUCCUAAGAAAAUGAAAUCUCAAUUCAAUCGGUUCAAAAUGCUCAGAGUGUUGGCCAUUGAAGGGAUCCGUCCUACGUUCUCGGAAGCUCCCAUACAUAAAAGUGUAUUUAUCCUAGUAGCAGAUCACUUGAGGCUCCCAAAAGCUAUUGGGGAGCUGAUCCACCUGCGAUACUUGAGUUUGAGAGGUUCAGUUUUCCUCUGUUUGCCAUCGUCCUUGGGCAACUUACAAAACUUGCAGACACUUGAUUUACGAGCCGGAGUGUGUAGAAUACCUAAUGUGCUUUGGAAGAUGAGACAGCUUAGGCACUUGUAUCUUCCGGCUAAUUACGCUGACCGUAUGGUGGGCAAGUUUAACUUAAAUUUGUGCUGCAAGAAAUUGCGACUCAAGGGAUUGGACAAGCUAGAGAUCCUGGAAAACUUCUGUCCUCCGACUUGUUCAUCUCAAGAUAUAUCCACAUUGAAGAACCUUCGAGUAUUAUCCGCCGUGGUGUUCACGGGGAACUUUGAUGACGAGUACUUCCCUGUAGAAAUCCAUAGAUUAAUGGCAAACUCAGACCACGUGCGUUGCACAUCCCUAAUUAUUGUCUUCAACAAUGACAUAACACCCGCUGUCGCCUUAACCAAGAAGAAAUUGUCAGAUGCUGUUGGUCAAUGUUUCUCUAGUCGCAAUCUUCAACUCCUGGAGGUACAUGGUCCACUGGCCAAUUUCCCCAGGUACGAAGCACAGUACAUGUAUGCAAGCCUUCUUAAAUUGAAACUAACCACAAUGGAGAUAGAGGAAGAUUCCAUGGAAACUCUGGAAAGGCUUCCUAAUCUCCGGUCACUCCACUUGCGAGAUCUAAAUAUUCUCGGGAAAGAGAUGAGGUGCAAGGCAACAGGUUUUGGCCAACUUAGAUUUCUUCGUUUUGAAUUUCUACGGAACUUGGAGAAGUGGGAUGUUGAUGAAGGAGCCAUGCCCAACCUUUCGGUCUUGACAAUUGUAUAUUGCACGAAGCUGGAGAUGGUUCCCAAUGGAUUGAGAUACGUUAAAACGCUGAAAGAGUUGAACAUUGCAUCGAUGCCAAAGGAAUUCACAGAUAGAAUCCAAGCAGUAAAUGGUGAAGAUAAGGGACAGGAUUUUGACAAAGUCUCCCAUAUACCCACCAUUAGUGUGCGUAAUAUUUUAUCCUGACUCAGCAGAUCAGGAUCAAUUUGACGGGCAAGAUUAAUUCACUGCUGGAAUAUGAUGCUCUCAAACCUUUUCCAUUAUAGUACAACGGAGUCGAGCCUCCCCUUGUAUUAAUUAUGUGUCUCAUGU